UUUUAAUGAAAGCAUUUCAUAUUUAAUUGCAGCACAUUUGGCCUAGAAUAGUAUUUUGCUGGCCAUUAGAAGUAACACUGAAGAGGGAAAACUGCAUAUGAGAACUAGAAAAGUGAAUGUUACCCUAAUGCUAAACGCUAAAUGUAUGUUCUGGAGGAACAUUUGCUGUUUCAGGGGAUGUUUAUAUUUUUUUUCAUAAUUCCAAGAAAAUUUCCACAUGAGUAAUCACAGCAAGAAACUGCAAAAAAAUAUGCUUAUUGUGUCAGUGUUUUUUCUGCUGUUGAAAGAAUAACUUCCCUUUUCUUUCCUCUGAGGACCUGCCUAUAAUUGUCUUACAAGAGGGAAACAACUCUUUACAGGCGCUGAGACUCGGUGAAGAUGAAGAUUCUCUUUAUGUUGUUCUGCCUUUUGCAAGAGAACUGCCUCCUAAAAGCACAGCCGAGGACUGAGGAGGUUCAGCCCAUUGUGCUGAGACUCGUGUUUCCUCCGUUUUACAACGGCUACAACAAGUCCUGCUGUAAACUGUAUCCUGGCCAAUGCUACAAAGUGCUGGACAGUGCAGGGUACACCUGUGAUUCACUGAGGGGAAGAGUCACCACAACGGAGGAAGACGGAUGGAUCGAGUUCAGGAUAUCAAACGUGCAGGUCGGAGAUGCGGGUUAUUACAGAUGUGCGGUUCUGGGAAUCCAGAACCACAUUUAUUCUGACCACUAUGUGGAGGUGUUUGAAACCUCUGAUCACUACAGCAAGUCUCAGUUUCCACUGACAACCCCAGCAAUCAGGGUCCCAAGCAGCUUCACAACACUCCUGGCCUCUACUGUACUGGUCCCAGUGCAGGACUUCAGAGACAAUGACAGAGCCUCCUGGAAUUUUCGCAUGCUGCUCUUUGUCACUGUGUCCAUCACAGCCAUGAUCUCUGUUGUAUCUGUUGUUGUUGCUGUUUGCUGUAAAGUCAAAGCAAAACGCAAAAAGUCAAACGUUCAUGGAGAAGCUCUGUGUGAGUCACAGAAACGAGACGCCCCGGAAAUGAGUGGAAUCGUCUAUGCAAUAGUGGACUUUAAGCCUCGUCAGAAACCUGAGGGGGUGUAUGCAAACCUGGAAGAGCAGAGAACUGGAGAAAGCAUCUCUCAAGCGGACAAUGCUGGGACGGUGGAGUAUUCCACAUUGGCAAUCCAGCUGUGAUUCGAACCGUCUGAGGGUAUUUAUACCCACAAACCAGGGGACCCAAAGUCCAGUCCUCUAGAGCUGCAGUCCUGCAACCUUUAUGUGCAUCUGCUCCAACACACCAGAAUCAAAUGAAUGGCUCGUUACCAGGUCUCUGCAGAGCUGAAUGAAACUUGAUGUGGGCAUUCAGCUGUCUGAUUUAGGUGUCUGAAAGUGGUAGGAUGGUAGGUGUGGAGGACUGGACUUUGCCUUGAAUGCCUUGAAAAGUUUCAGAUUUUUUCACAAACUUCUAUGUGUUUUAUUAGGAUUGUGAUAGACCAACAGAAAGCAGUGCAUAAUUGUGAAGUGGAAGGUAAACAAUAAAAAAUUUUUAAGACAUUUUUUAAACUCUGAGUCUGAGCCGUGGUUUACAUUGAUAUUCUACCUCCCCAACUUAACACUCUACACAACCAGCUUUUGCUGCGGUUAUCUCUGUAAAUCUUGGGAUGCCUCUUUGUUUAAUUGAUUUUUAGUUAGGAUUGCAGUAAGUAACCAUUCAUUUUCAUUUUGCAGUCAUGAACUACGUUGUGCCGGUGUAUCAAAUAAAAUCCCAAUGAAGCGUCUUGAAAUUUAUAGUGAGAAAUAGACAAAAUGUGAAAAAGUACAAGUGGUAAAAUUAAAGCAAUUUAGAGGCAAAUGGCAGCUUCUAACAUGUUUUUCACCCAUUCAUGAAGUUCUAGUUAUUAAACAAAAAAGAAAGGUUCCUCUGUGAGUUUCCAGUUGAACUGCAGCAUUGAUUUCUUAACUUUCCCUUUAAAUAGUUUGCCUAUGUUGACUCAUUUGCAUGUAAAUCUACAGCACAACAUCAAAGUAUUAAAC